UGACCAGCACCCAAGAAAGACUAUAUAGGCAUGUUAGUGAUAUAUACUAGGAAACACACAAUCAUAAAAUUCGAGAAGCACAUUUUAAUUUUAAAAUGGCUCCAAGCUUCAAUGAUGAGAAUUCACUCUUCAACUUUGUAGUGAAAGAAGGGAAUGGUGUCAAAGGUCUAGUGGACUUGGGCCUUACCGAGGUACCCGAUCGAUACAUCCAGCCACCGCACCACCGAAUCAACAAUAAACAGGCUGCUGGUUCACAUGAAAACCUGAUCAUUGAUCUAUCUGAGUUUGAUGGUCCCAACCAUGAGCAAGUGGUGAAGGCCAUCGCCCAUGCAUCCGAAACUCUCGGGUUCUUCCAGGUGGUUAACCAUGGAGUGCCAUUGGAACUGCUUGAGUCGCUUAAAGUUGUGGCUCACCAGUUUUUCGGACAACCGGUUGAAAAGAAGGUUGUGUAUCUCAAGGGGGUUAGUCCUACUCCCUUGGUCCAGUAUGGUACUAGCUUUGUUCCUGAGAAUGAGAAGGCUUGGGAGUGGAGAGACUUUGUUACUAUGACAUAUACUAAUGAUGCUGAAGCUCGUGAGCUUUGGCCUAAUGAUUGCAAAGAAGUGGUGCUGGAGUUCAUAAAGACAACAUCAGAGAUGGUACAAAAGCUACUACAAGCACUCAUCAACAACCUUGGUGUGAAGGUAGGUGAUUCAAGAUUCCAUGAACUAACAGGUUUUAAUACGGUUAACCUCAACUUCUACCCUCCCUGCCCAAACCCCGAGCUAACCGUCGGCAUAGGAAGGCACUCAGAUGCCGGCAUGCUGACGGUGCUUCUACAAGACAACAUCGGUGGAUUAUACGUGAGAAAAGCUGAACCGGAUCAUGCAUCACCCGGAAAUGAACUGUGGGUUGAGAUUCCACCUGUGCAUGGUGCUUUGGUCAUGAACGUUGGUGAUUCACUACAGAUUUUAAGCAAUGGGAGGUACCAAAGUGCAGAACAUAGAGUGCGGACUACGAACACUGUGUCAAGAGUUGCGGUCCCAAUAUUCAAUGGCCCACUGCCCACAACAAAAUUUGGACCGUUUCCUGAGAUUGUUGCUAGAGACGGGGUGGCUCGAUAUAAGGAAGUCGUUUAUGGGGAGUACUUGAAAAGCUACUUUGAGAAAUCUCUUGAUGGAAAGAAGUCUCUUGAGUUUGCAUCAAUGGAAUAGGAUGAAAAGCUAACCAUCCUAUUUUAUGUUGAAACUUAAAAGGACUAUUUUGUGUGUAAUAAAAGACUUUGUAACACUGAAAGCGAACCUAUGUGAAAGACUUUUUUUAGGUUUUCUUAUUUUAUAUGCAACCGAAUAAAUAAAAAAAG